UUAAUGUUUCCUGUGCUGGACUUGUGAAGUGUCUGUGAUCUACCUUGCCAAAAUUACAUUCCGUACCAAGCUAAGGAACUUUUUCAGCGAACUUCCGGUGUCUGCGUUCCACAAGACUUCCGGUCUAUGCGUUCCACCCAAUGUCCGGUAUAUGCGUUCCACGAGACUUCCGCUCAGUACGUUUAGCCGGAUGUACGCCCACUGGAUCCAAAGUCUGACAUUACUAGUUCCGUGUGACCAGUGACUGGGACCUAACUGGUGUCAGGAUGUCACUGUCUAUGUCUCCAUGCAGGAGAUGGAGUAUAUAGAGGAACACAGGGGUCUGUACAAGGACGUGAUGAUGGAGAAUCACCGGCCCCUCACAUCACUGGAUGGACCCAGUAACAGAAAUAGCCCACAGAGAUGUCCCCGUCCUCUGUAUUCCCAGGACUGUACAGAGGAGAAACACAGGAUCCCACAGGAGGAUCAGGCUGAAGAUCUAACUGAUAUUAAGAUAGAAGUCAUAGAGGGAGAAGAAGAGACGUAUGUGACUGAUAUAAAGGCAGAAGAUACAGAGGGAGAAGAAGAGACUUAUGUGACUGAUAUAAAGGCAGAAGGUACAGAGGGAGAAGAAGAGACGUAUGUGACUGAUAUAAAGGCAGAAGAUAUAGAGGGAGAAGAAGAGACGUAUGUGAGGGGUGAUCAGCAGUGUAAGGAGGAGGAAAUCCCUACAGAUAUCAGCAUACCUAAUGAGCGGGAUAGCAGAAAUAUCUCGGAUGAACAUCUCAUUGUAUCUCCAGAUAUUAAAAUAGAAGAUAAUAUCACAGAAGAUUCUCCAGGAGAAAAUCCAAUUACCCUAAUUAUACUUCCAGUGCUUCACAGCGCGGAUUUAUCCUCUGAUCCCUCUAAUCAUAAUGAAGGUUUUUCUGGUAAUCCAGAUACUGUUACAUGCAGUACAGCUACUACAGGUGAUACAAACUUUCCUGGUGAUCAAUCUUUCAUACAUCAGUCAGUUUUUGUUACGCCUCAGACAAGUCACACGAGUGAGAAACCAUUUCCGUGUUCUGAGUGUGGGAAAUGUUUCAUCUACAAGUCAGGUCUUGUUAGACAUCAGAGAAUUCACACAGGUGAGAAGAUGUUUCCAUGCUCUGUCUGUGGGAAAUGUUUUACAUAUAAAUCAGAUCUUGUAAAGCAUCAGAAAAUUCACACAGAUGAGAAACCGUUUCAGUGCUCUGAGUGUGGGAAGCAUUUCAUCGAGAAAUCGUAUCUUGUACGACAUCAGAGAAUUCACACGGGUGAGAGGCCAUAUCCAUGUUUUGAGUGUGGAAAAUGUUUUACAUAUAAAUCACAUCUCGUUACACAUCACAGAAUCCACACAGGUGAGAAACCUUUUCUGUGCUCUGAGUGUGGGAAAUGUUUUACACAGAAAUCAGGUCUUCUUGAACAUCAAAUAGUUCACACAAAAGUGAAACCAUUUCCGUGUUCUGUGUGUGGGAAACGCUUUACGGAGGAAUCCUAUCUGGUCGCUCAUGAGAGAACUCAUGGGAAUGAGAAACCGUUUCUGUGUUUGGAGUGCAAAAAAUGUUUUAAAUAUAAAUCCGCUCUUCUGGAACAUCAGAGAAGUCAUACGGGCGAGAAACCAUUUUCGUGUCCUGAUUGCGGGAAAUGUUUUACACACAAAUCAGGUCUUGUUAAGCACCAGAAAAUACACACAGGUCAGAAGCCGUAUCCGUGUUCGGAGUGUGGGAAAUGUUUUACACAGAAACCACAUCUGGUUACACAUCAGAAAAUCCACGCUGGAAAAUAGCUGAUUGAGACAAUACUCUAAAUGUUGUAUAUGCUGUUAAUAUUAUUAUUGCCAAUUGUAAAUAGGAAGGAAAUCCAUAGGUUCAAUCAUACGGUAUAUUACCUUGUUAAAUUGUAAUUACUAUCCAAAGGCAUAGGUGAAAUUUGUGUCAUUAAUAUUAUACUGGAAGAAAUUGUGUGUAAGUUGUUGUUCCAUUAUCCUAUUCGUUAUCAGUCUCAAUCCACACAGUAGUAAGAGACCUCAUCAUAAUUAUCUAUAGAUUGUAAGCUUGUGAGCAGGGCCCUCCGACCUCCUUGUUAUUUCCCAGACUUGUUUUAUUACUGUUUUGUACCAUAUUGUAAAGUACAAUGGAAUAUGUUGACGCUAUAUAAGUAAAUGUUAAUAAAUAUGUAUGGUCCAAAA